CAAAAACUCACAGUGUUUCAAUGUGGCCGAGUGAGAAAUGGCGGCCAGUUUCAGUGAGAAUUGUCUCUGGGAAAAUCAUCACCUAAAGACAUUUCACCAAUUGCUACCACUAAAGAUACUUGAUUGAAAUCAAAUUGACGCCUUGUGUCCGCGUAUCGUGUCUGUAUCUUUGUUGGAUGUGCGGUGUUUCUUUUGGCCUUUGCCUUUUUUCGGUCCUACAUCGGUGAAAAUUGAGGAUUGACGUGUGGGAAAUAGGGAGAGAGAGGAAGAAAAACUACGUUAUAAGAAUUGAUUUGGGUUUGCGUGUUUUAAGUGAAUUGAAUCGUAUAGAAUUUUGUUGAGUUUCCUCAGUCCUCCAGCGAUAUUUUCCUCUCGAUGCUCUGGAGGGAUUUUGAUUGAAAAGAAAGCUUUCUCUCUAGCAAAUAUUAUAUUGAGUGAAUUUAUUAGAGAGCCUUUCCGUAUCCCAGAGAUUAAUUUUUAUCUGUUUGGUGUCAGUAUAUAUUGUAUAUUUAUGGUAAAAUGAAGCGGAUUUCUGCAGAAAAUCAAAUAUUCAAGGUGCACUCACUCGGCUGUUGGCAAAGAGAUCAUCAAUGGCGGUGGGAAAAUGACUUGUGGUCUCAUCUGAAAUCCAAGCCUGAGUCAACUGGACACUUUGAGUGAACUGGAGGUGAAUUAAGUGACACGUGAGACAGUUUUUCAAGUGUGCAGAGGCGACACACAAUUGAGAGUGGAUCCUUAAAGACGCCAAAGACAAAGAGAAGAAAGCACUGUGAUUUUUUUUAUUCCCGUUGUCUGCUGGAGAAUGACAACGUCUCUGCUGCAACUGGAGAUGAACCUUUCGCGCCAGGGAUGCUGCAAGAGAUCAUCGAAGGCAGCAAAUCUCGCUAAAGAGCAUCCAGCGAAUGAAUGUAGUCAAUUUUUCCCCCAUGUCCAUAGUAUAUAUAGUGAGAGUAUUAGUUUAAUUUGUCACGGUGGCGUCCAGCUGUGUCGUCGUGUGAGAAAUUGUGGUAAAAGAGGCGGCAGCAGCAACACCACGAUGGCCGUAAUUAUGGUGCUUUUAGGAGUGCUCUUAUUUCGCACACAAUUGGUUUUGGCGAGGCCCAAUCGCACAACCGUCGAAGGAUCUACGGAUGUUUUCACGAUCGAUUCUGCGAAGCCCUCGGAGCUGAAAUCGACAUAUCCGGGCUUGGAUUUCGGUCCAAUGGGCCCGGACAAGAGGUCGGCGGAGGUUUUGGCGUCCGAGCCAACGACUUCCAGUUCCCACAAUGAGGCCAAUGAGAUAUCGACAAGUGAUAAGCAAAGUCAUGGUGAUGAACCCGUGGAGCACUAUCCAGUGACGACGGUGGACUUUUCACGUGUGGAAACACCCUUCAUCAUUGGCAUAUGGAUUCUUUCAGCGAGUAUUGCUAAAAUCGGGUUUCACAUGACACCAAAACUCAAUAAAAUCUUCCCCGAGUCUUGCCUUCUAAUCGUUGUUGGUGUUAUAAUCGGAAUAAUAUUGUUUUAUGCGACAAGUGUUCAAAUAUCACCACUCACGCCAGACACCUUCUUCUUCUACAUGCUACCACCGAUAAUUCUCGAUGCUGGAUAUUUUAUGCCAAAUAGACUCUUCUUUGACCACCUUGGCACCAUUUUGUUGAUGGCUGUGGUUGGAACAAUCUUUAAUAUUGCCACAAUUGGAACGUCUUUGUGGGCCUGCGGACUCACUGGAAUCUUCACGGCGGAGGGACGCGGUGAAAUUCCCUUUCUGGACAUGUUCCUCUUCUCCUCACUCAUUUCCGCCGUGGAUCCCGUGGCAGUGUUGGCUGUCUUCGAGGAGAUUCACGUGAAUGAAAUUCUAUACAUUGUCGUGUUUGGCGAAUCUCUGCUCAAUGAUGCUGUAACGGUGGUUGUUUAUCACAUGAUGGACUCGUACAGUGAAAUAGGAAUAUCCAAUAUAGAGGCUGUGGACAUUGUGAGUGGUGUGGCAUCUUUUCUUGUCGUCGCGCUUGGCGGAACGUUUAUUGGCGUCAUUUGGGGUUUUUUGACUGGACUUGUUACGAGAUUCACGGAUCAUGUGCGCGUAAUUGAACCAAUAUUCAUAUUUGUUAUGGCAUAUUUGGCGUACUUGAAUGCAGAAAUUUUCCACAUGAGUGGAAUUCUUGCCAUUACCUUCUGUGGUAUUACGAUGAAGAACUAUGUUGAGGCCAAUAUUUCGCACAAAUCUCACACGACAGUGAAAUAUGCCCUGAAAAUGUUGUCCAGCUCAUCUGAAACUAUUAUCUUCAUGUUCCUGGGAGUGGCGACAGUGAAUAACAAACACGAAUGGAAUACGUGGUUUGUGCUCCUGACAAUUCUCUUCUGCACCGUGUUCCGCAUAAUAGGUGUCAUUCUACUUGUGGCAAUAGCUAAUCAAUUUAGACUCCACAAAUUAUCCAAAGUGGAUCAAUUUGUGAUGUCAUACGGGGGUCUCCGUGGUGCUGUGGCCUUUGCUUUGGUUCUGCUCAUAAACGAGAGAGUGGAAUAUCACACGAUGUUCGUGACAACAACAAUCGCCGUCAUCUAUUUCACAGUAUUUGUCCAGGGCAUAACCAUAAAGCCACUGGUGAAGAUUCUUAAUGUGAAACGGGCCGAAAAGAAGAAACCAUCCAUGAAUGAGAGAAUUCACGAAAGGUUUAUGGAUCACAUGAUGGCGGGCAUCGAGGAUAUCGUUGGAAAGACUGGCAACUACAAUGUUAGGGAUAAAUUUAAGAGAUUUGACAAUAGAUUCAUCAGACCAUAUCUCAUUAGAGAUCAUCAAGGUGCUGAACCGAAGAUCCUGGAAACAUACUCCAAGUUGGCAAUGAAAGACGCCAUAGAUUUCAUGCGAAGGAAUCCAUCGACUCUUGGGCAGAUGUCCGGCACAGAGUCGAUGAGCGCUCUGUUCAGGAACUAUGCCGGAUACAUGGGCGGAAGGUUGGGCCCGUCAAUCUACAGUGCAAACUGUCCAAGCUUCUCAAAUUUGGAGAAUUCAUCACGAAACUUGGACAUGCACGAGUUGGAUUACAAUCCAUCAAAGAAAGAUCUCACAGAUGCUAGAAUUCAUCAUCUUCUAGCUGAAGAAUUGAAACCAAGAAGGGCUUCUCUGAGUAUGCAUCGUCGCCUGAGUUACAGUCGUCAUGCAGUUGACGACAGAGAUUUGUCAACACAAGUCAAUUACAAAAUGCACAUGAAUAUUCGACGAAUGGUGAACGAUAGGAAGCAUCACAAGCGAAGCAAGAGGUUGAAUAAGGAUGGCAGUAGCAAACAGAAUCAUGUCUCCUUCCCCGAAUUCCAGCAAAAUGGCUCAGCUAAGCAAUUGUCGCAUGUCGACUAUAUCAAUGAGGUUCUACAUGAAGAUGUCGAGGAGGAUCCAAAGCAGAAAGCAGCCGCACCUGCUAAUGAGGACUGGGACGAUGGUUUAACAUUCACAGCCAAAGCAUCACGUGAGAUUGAAAAAAAUCCCGUUGAAGAAGAUAAGCGACUGUCUAAAGAAUCCGAAGGAGAUGAAAGAGUAACAACACCAACAGCUACUGAGACAGUUUUGCCAUGGAAACGUGGUGAGGAAGAAGGUGAAAAUGGUGCUUUGAAGCAAAAUGAAUUUCCCGCUUGGGCAUCUAAUAAAGAGUACCUAGCUUAUAAUUCACCAAGUGCGACUUUCUUAGGUGGCCUAACCAAACCUAAACAGGCAAAGUCUGUGAUAGGUCUCUUCCGGCGCGAGUCAUCGGGCUCGGGGUCCACGCACGUGGCGAAUCCCAUCACGGGCAGCGACUCCUCCAUCCAGAUGGACAGCAGCGUGGGAUCCGGACAGACGUCAACACCGACGGGCAGGGGUGGCGGCGGCGACAAGAGAUCAGCGUCGAUUUGCGCCAUGACGGAUGAUCUGAGGCCGAGCACCGGCCCAUUCCCGGUUACUGCCAGUCACCGUCGCAACACACGUAGAGGCUCGAUGCUGGAGCUCAGUGGGGAGGCGAUUCCGGAGGAGAACUACACGAAGUCACUGUCGCGGGAGAAGUACAGUGUACGAAAUCAGCCAAUACCCCUGCUCAGAAUGACAACGCCGAAGAAGCAGCCGCGAGGCGUGAAUCCACAGGCGGAGGCGCUCCUGUCGAACAGCAGCACAGAGUCCGAAAGCGAGGAGGAUGAUGAGGACGAGAGCAAGGACACGUGAGAGUUGGCCCGACGAGACAGCAUUAUGAGCAUUGAAUGGCCUUUGGAAGUUAUAAUUUAGCGUGUGUGUCUGAUUGUAUAUGAAUGAAGAUGGAUACCACAAGAAUCUCCGAAUUAUCUCGCGAUGACGACUGAAUUCCAAAUCGAGUCGUCACAUUAGCCAUUCUUGACGGUAUGACAGAGUUUAGGAGGACGCAGAGAAGAAUACUUGAUUGGAAUCUAUGUACUUAAUUAUUCCACUACUUUUAAUGUGUGAUCUUUUACAAAAUAUUAAUUUGGGGAGGAUUUCUAAAUUUAUAAAGGAAAAAAGAUUUUAAAAAUCAUUCUGAACAUGAGUCAAUGCUAUGAAAUGUUCAUUCUGAGUGAUAUUUUUCUUAAAAUUUUUAAAUCUUUUGCUCUUUACAAUAUUUUUAAUCUACUUAAAUUCUGAAAUGCUCUCUUCGUUUCUAAAUUCUUCGCUGAAACCUUGAAUCUCCAGCAAAAUUCAUUAUUCUAAACUGUGUCCUUUCAGCUCUGUUCACAGAAUGCGAAAAAGAAUAAUAUAGAAGAAAUCUAUUGGGCUGAAAUGGUUUUUAUAGGCGCAGUACAGAAUUUGGAAUGACUAUUUGUUAGAAAAUUUGACUUAACAAAAUAAUAGCGUUUUAGGUGAUAAUAUGAGGAGAAAAAAUGUUAAUUAUAGGAGCCUUUUACCCUGUCCUCAAUAAAUUUGUUAACGUAUUGAGAUGAAAACUCUCAAUGAGAGACAAUAUCUAUUAGUUUUGAUGAUGAAUGAUGUGAGAAAAGUGUCUAUAUUGCAGAAGAAAAAAGAUCUUACUUAAUGAAAAUCAACUUGAAUAGUGUACUUAUUUUAGUCAAAAUAUUUUAUAUAUACAUAUAUAUUUAACAAAAGUGGAUGCUCUGUAAAAUUGAAAUGUUUAUUUAUUAUUUGGAGUUUUACGAGAGUCGAAUGAAUAUUAUUGCAUUGAUAGAGGAAUUUGCAUUUGAAGGGAGUUGUUAAUCUUUUCAAGCUGUAUUUCGCAAUAAAAUAUCUUCUUUUAUAGACAUAACGGUACAAUUUCAUGGUGGAAAAGAACAGUUUAAAGUUUAACCCAAAAAAUGGCGAAGCCAAAUUGAUUUAUUCGAACCUUCGCCUGGCAUCGAGUAUUUGAAGACGUUUCCAUUAAACGAACUUUUAUGGAAAGUGUGUGAAGAGAAAGAAAAUUGCCAAUAUGCAGUCUCACAGAGGUGGAAAAUAUAUUCCAAAUUUCUAUUGGAACAUUUUCCUUCGCAGGAAAAUAGAUCAAUUUAGAAAAUGCGCACAGGAAAAUGUAAUUUUUAUGAUAAUACCAAGAAGAAACUUCAAUGAUUCUGCGAAUUAAACUACAACAGCAUUUAGUAUGGAUACCUACUUAAAAUUAAAAAGUGCAUUUUGAAAAAUGAAGAAAUUUGAAAUGUUUUUUUUUCGAUAUGAAGGAUAUUCAAGAAUAAUCGUUUCUCAUCUGAGAUAUAAAAAAAGACACAUUUACAUCCUAAUACAAGACACAGUAAAGGAGCAAAUGAAUAUUUUGGCAAAAAAACUAGUGAGUAAAAAGCAAAAAGCCCCAUUUCAAGACAAACAGAUAAUAUAUUUUCUAAUAAAGAAAUGUAUUACAGAAAUUACGUAUUGUUAGGCAUCAUGAAGUAAUAAAAAAAAUGAAGCAGAA